AUGGCGAUUCUUUGUGCGAUCAAGGAGAUCGUGUCUUCAUGGGUGAUUUCCUUCCUACGAAUCUUGUUUCUUGUCCCUUUUGUAACGGGUUUUGAUGGUUGCGCCGGCGUAGUGGUUCAGUUCUUCUACCCCAACUGCUUGGCGGUUAUCUCCACGUUGUGGAUCUCUCCACUUCGUGAUGCAGAGUUGGAAGUUGACAUGCAGGGGGAUUCUUAUUUAUAUAGAUCUCUGGAUCCUUUCUAUUCUCUUAUCUCACUCUCUAUUUCAAGUGCGAUUGGUUUCCCUUUUAGAUUUUACAACGUUCUUGUGAAAAUGGCGGAUAACUUACGAAGAGCAGUUCAAGACAUCAACCUCAGGGCUGAUGAUGUUCCGAUUGCGAUUCCGGCGGAUGUUGUGGCUAACGCGGUUGCUGAGAACAGAUUUAUCCUCAUGGGUAGACCGGUGAUGCCUCGUCGUCAGAAUUUGCGGUCAAUCAUUGCUUCUAUGCCUCGGGUCUGGGGUCAAUCUGGUCUUGUUCAUGGUCGCAUUGUGGGGGGAAACCAAUUCCAAUUUAUUUUCCCCUCGGAGGAGUCUCUGGUAACAGUCUUAAGGCGUGGUCCUUGGGCUUUCAAUGACAGACUGUUGGUGCUUCAACGAUGGUAUCCUCUUGAGAAUCCACCUCUUAUCAAUUUCAUUCCGUUUUGGGUUCAAAUCAGAGGAAUCCCGUUUCAGUUUCUCAACAGAGAGGUUAUCUCUCAUAUUGGUCGUUCAAUUGGAAACCUCUUGGAAGUUGACUAUGAUGGGGAAGCGGCUGCUCGUGUGGAAUUUGUUCGUGUUCAAAUCAGUUGGGAUAUUCUCCUUCCUCUGCGUUUUCAAAGACAAUUUCAGUUCCAAGUUGGUAUCAAUACUCUCCUUCGGUUCCGUUAUGAACGUCUGCGAGGAUUUUGUGAAGUUUGUGGCAUGAUGACCCAUGAUACUGGUGCCUGUGUUCUUCAAAAUGGAGGAGGAGAACCGUUUCCGGAUGAAGAUGAUGAUGAUGAAGAGAUGCCUCCCCCGCCUGUCAACAGAAACCCGGGUGUGAUCAUUCGUGAGAUUGAUCCAAAUGAACCUAAUGGUGAUGUUGCUCACCAUGACAUGCAAGUUGUUGAAGAGAUUGAUGAUGCAGCCCUUGAUGACAUUGAUCCGAAUCAUGAUUCUUUGGCUAGAAUUGAUGCAGAUGACCAUUCUCCUACGGUCACUGGAAGUGCUGCGCUCUUCCAAAGAUACUCGGAUAUAAUUUAUCCUCGCCUUCCCCUUUCUCCUGAUUCUGGAUCAAGCUCUGUUUCUCCAAAAGGAAGUGGUAAGCGUAAGAGGGAUGAUCUCCCAAAUGAAGAGGAAGAUAAAGCUAACCAGAAAGUGCAAAUCAGAGAGGCAGGAGAGAGUAGUGGAACCACUGAUGAGUCUACUCAUCACAAAGGACUUGAUCGAGGCGCGGUGGGCCCUGAACCACCUCUUCCCCCAUGA